AUGAGCUACGACUUCAAAUUUCCCAUUUUAUUGCCCAAAAAUCAUCAUUUCACUCGACUGGUAAUCGACUAUUAUCAUGAUAUGACACUUCACGGCGGUCCCAGCUCAACUUUAGCAGCAAUCAAUCAGCGAUUUUGGAUAAUUAAUGGGCGUGCUGUAGUCAGAUCUAAACUUCAAAAGUGCAUCCAGUGCUUUAAAGUCAGACCAAAAUUCACGCAGCCACUUAUGGGCGAUUUACCAAAAUGGAGGGUUCAGGCAGCAUAUCCGUUUCUCAAUACAGCGUGUGACUACGGCGGACCAUUCCAAGUCAAAGUAAACGAGCUCAGAAAUGCAAGGCAAACGAAGGGGUAUUUAGCCUUAUUUAUUUGUAUGGCUACUAAAGCAGUACACCUGGAAUUUGUAAGCGAAUUGACUACAAAGGCCUUUGAAGGCGCAUUAGCUCGAUUUGUCUCUCGCCGAGGAUUAUGCAAAAAUAUGUUCUCUGAUAACGGUACCAACUUCGUAGGAAUGAAUAACUCUUUAAAAGAGCUAUAUGCAUUCUUAAAAACUAAUGAAACAAGCAUUGCGGAAAAUCUAUGCAAAAAGGAAAUCAAUUGGCAUUUUCAGCCCGCUUCCGCGCCAAAUUUUGGUGGACUACAUGAAGCAGGGAUAAAAUCCGCAAAACAUCAUCUCAAAAGAAUCAUGGGUACUCAAAUUUUCACCUUCGAAGAGAUGACUACACUCGUGACUCGAGUGGAGGCAAUAAUGAACUCUAGGCCGCUCUGCCCUCUAUCAACAGAUCCAUCAGAUAUGGACGCCUUGACCCCAGGUCAUUUUCUUGUUGGUCGCCCACUCAACGCCUUACCCGAAGAAAAUCUUACAGAAACUCCUUCUAAUCGUGUGGAUAGAUGGGGCUUGAUAAACAAAGCCAGUCAACAUUUUUGGCAAACUUGGAAAAAUGAGUACAUCAACUGUCUGAGGCAGCGAUCAAAAUGGACUCAAGAAACUGAUCCAAUAAAAAUUGAUGAUCUCGUCAUUAUUCAAGACAAUAAUUUACCUCCUUAG